AUGGCGACGAUGCGAGGAACGCGUGUGCCUAUUGGCUCCGCAUCAUGGGUCAACGAAGAACGAACUACAGCCCUUAGCAUUGUUCAGGCAGAGGCAGAGGAGUUCUCUUUUGCCGCGAGAAACGAAUUUGACUGGCUUAAUGAGCAUAUGGCUGGGGUCUUCAACGAGAACGAAAUCAAUGUCGCCGAGAUAUUCAAGACGCCUGGAAAGCUUCGAAGCAAAACGCCUCGAACGGCGCGUAAGAUCGACAAUGGCGAGCCUCGCAUCCCGCUAUCAGAUGUGUUCUCUUCAACUCCCAACGGCGCCCCGAACACUUUCACACAACAUAUUACUCGUGCUACUCCCAAUAUCAACCCUGGGCCAUCAACAUCAUCGCCUUUGAUCAAUAGGAAUAUUUCGCCUUUCAAAGCUGCCCCCUCCCCUAGGCCAGUUUCGAAACAGCCCGUUGCACUAGCCGAUUCCGGAUACUAUGGCAGCCAGGAUGUCGACAAUGUGGACAACGAAGAAGACGACGAUGACAUGGACGUCGACCUCAUCGAAGAGGAGACCCAGAUUGGCGAGCCACGAUCUAGCCCCCCAAAGACGGCUGGACGAACCGGCCAUGUCGCUUUCGAAACGAUCGAGCAGAACGCACCUCAGAGCCCCACUGAAACACGUACUAUGCGCUCCCCUGAAGCAACUUUCCAGACUGCCAAGGAGGAACAGACUACACGGGUUAUGCAAGAUGUUACCGUGGAAGCCCCAUCUCCAGCCUCCUCAGCCUCUCCCAGUCCGGCCAAGGAAGCUAGGACGCCCUCACCUCCUCCUGUGUCACCCAAGCCUCAUUACGCGAUAAAGAGCGCGUCGCCCAACAACAUUUCACCUCAGAAGCGCUCCCCAGCAAAGCAGUCUUCGCCGCGAUCCUCUCCUAUGCUUGGAGCUGCACCAUCUCCCUUGCCCGAGGCUUCGCCUGCUGCCGAAUCACAGGAUGAUGUGGAUGUCCACAUGGAUGACGAUACACGAUCACCAUCCGACGACGAAUCGAGCCCGAUCCGCCCAGUCAGGAAGAGUAGCCUCAACUUUGCUUCACUUCCUGCCAGAGAGCCUCUGAAGAACAAGAGCAUCGGGGCUCGUGUUUCUAGGACCAGCCAUUUGGACAUGAAUCGUCAGAGUUACUACGGCAGGCAAACGGGAGGAAAGAGUCUGGGUAACAAUGUGGAGAUACUUGGAGACUCAGAUGACGAGGAAGGCAACGAUGACGGAAUGAGCAUUGAUGACUCAGCUGAAGAGACAAAGGAAGCAGACAACUUCGCUUCUAACCACAACAAAACAUAUACGCAACGACUACAAGACCAAAUUAACUUACUCGGUAAAUCCCAACCGAACGCAAGCCGGCCUUCGAAAUCGAUCCCUAGCUCAGCGGUUGCGCAACAGCUUGCGCAGACGACUGCGGCUCAGUCAGUUCCAGAUGUCAAGGUCGCAACACCCGCGAAGAAGUCUACGGCACCGCCGACUCCUGGAGCGUUCCCGGAAGAUGAUGAAGAAGAAGAAGACGAAGUGGAAGAAGAUGACUGGAUUGCGCCUCCCGUACCCGCGAAAGAUACGCCCGUGGCUAGUCCGCGACCGCAUUUACCUAAGAGUUACACUGCGGACGUCAUGGAAGGCAUCGAUGGGGCAGACACCAUCAGCGGUCCUGAGUUCGCUUUGCCUAAGCAGCGACAGUCUCCUGGUCGCUCGGGCUCCCCUAAGCGGGCACCUGUCAUCCCUGAGCGUACUACCAGUGUCUUUGGGCAUAGCAAAUCUGCCUCCGUUUCUGUCUUGCCCGAUCUCUCCAAGGAUAAAAUGGUUGAAGACCUGUCCCCAGCCAAGAAGCACAUUUCAGUUUCCAACCCUCUUUCAGCUGUGCCAGAGGACGGACGUCCGGAGACUCCCCAAUCGCCUACGCGGAGCUUCCGGGAUAGUCCACUGAAGCAGGUCAAGAAUAAGCUGUCUUCAAUUCUGAAGAGCUCCAAAGGUCUUCUUGCGAGCAGUGCGGCCAUCAGUGCCGAGGGAAAAUCUUCGCUGAUGUCACCUUCCACCACUCGAUUUGGCAUCAAUCCUGGCCCGUCUACGGACUCAAUUGUUCCCCAGUCAGUCACUGCGGAGCCAUUGUAUCCUGAUCUUUCCAAACGCAUGGCAGCCGAUGCCCAAACACUGUCCAGUGUGGGAAGCCCCGAGAAACCUGUUGCGCGGAGAACGCGGGCUUCUGUGGAGAAGGAGAAGGAAGACAAGCGAAAAGAGAAAGAGGUCAAGUUGAUGGCUGAUCAGAUGAGCAAGCUUGACAAGGCUCGUGCAGAUGAGCGGGAAAAGGCCCGGACUUUCAGCAAAGAACAGGAAAAGAUUGCUGCUAUGGAGAAGAAGAUUGCUGCUCAGAAGGAGAAGGAACCUGAACAGGAGCAGAUCAAGGAGGUUGAACGACCUGCUCGGACGCCGGCCCCGAAGGAAGCACCCAAGCCCACGAGAACUAGCCCUCGCAAGGCGAAGGCUCAGGCUGAGGCUGAUGCUUCUGUCCAGGCUUCACAACCAGAGAAGCUCGACGUAGAAAUGGCUGAAGCGCCAACCCCAAGGCCGCCGCCGUCCGCUCCUCGUUCUGUUGGCCCGAGCCAGACGGCCAGGCAGCGGGAACUCCGGCGUCCGAUGAAACCGACCAAGGAAGCACCCAGCAAGAUGAAGCAAGCACCUACCGUGAUUCGCGUUAACACCGGCUCGCAACACUCGCAAUUCCAUCCCUCUAACAGCACAUUGUCGUCAGGCCUGCAAGAGACCCUGGGCGCAUCGGUCAAGUCCAAGUCGAGUCAACCAGGCUCACACAGCAAGCAGUCUCUAGCGAGUAUGAAGAGUUCUGUUUCGUCCAAUGGCCGACCAAAAGCACUCGAGCUUGCUGCGAAGCGAAAGGAACAAGAAGAGCGGGAAGCUCAAAGAAAGAAAGACGCUAAGCUCGAACUUGAACGCAAACGCGCUGCUAUUCAAGAAGAGGAGCGCAAGCAGGAACUCCAAAGGCGACAGGAGGCAGAAAGACACAGAGAGAGGGAGAGGGAGCAAGCUGAGGCGAAGAAGAGCGCACAGAGACAGGCCGCGAUUGAACGUGCCAAGCAGACGCGAGCACCGCCACCUGCUGUGCGCUCUCAGCCUAAUGGUCCCCCCGACUAUACCGCCAGUCAACGUUCCGAUGGCCAGCCUCCUCGGCCUCCGUCCCGGAUGAACUCGACUGCCCAUCGGUCUCAAGAGGAUCGACCGGUCAACGCUGUUCUCUCAACCGCUUCGAAGCCAGGCUCGAAGCGUCCCCUGCCACAAGAUAGCAGGGAGGACACCGGUUCGCGCAAUCCUCCUACACGCAACGGGCAAUCAUACCAAACCAAGGAAGCCAAGCGUCGUCGUACCAGCGAUGACUUUGCUGAUGAGCUUGACAUGGACAUUCAACCACCCAACAUCAAGGGCCCUCCUGUUCGCCCUCCGUCAGUUGGUUUCAAGAAGGAUAUGCCUACCAAGUCGAUGUACGGCUACACCAACGCACCCCCGAGUGCGUCCAGGGACUUGUUCAAGUCCACCGUCACCGCCCAACACCACAGCACAAUUAAGUCAGCGAAGCAAGUGGAUAUGAAUCAAUUUGCUCAGGGACACAUUCCAUUUGCGCCUAAUCCAAACCCUGCCGGCCCGGCCCACAAGACACCGGCGCGACCCAUGGGUGCUGCAAGCACCAAGUCUACUGCGAAGGCCACAAGAUCGUCGCCUCGGUUCCAAGAUGGCGAAAAGAUUGAGCUGCCCGAAAUUGACACAGACGAGGAUGAAGAUGAUGAUGACUCCCACUUUGGCGUCGCCCCUUGGGCUGAUUCACCUGAUCUGAGACGCGCUCUCAUGCGACAGGAAACCAUGAACCCCGAAGGCAUCUUUGGGCCUCCGCGUGCCCUCAACAUGGAAGAAGUGUUCAGCAAUAAGGAAAGAUGGCACAAGUUCCGUGCGCGCACGUCCAGUGCCAAUUGGAGUGGAUCGGAUCGUCUAACAGAAGACGAGAUCCGGAAGGAUCUUGCAGCUCGCGACAAGCUGCGCAGAGAGGGUGGUUGGUCCUAUGAGAUGAGCAAGGACUUGAUGUGA